GUGUUUUUGUGUUAUGAAAUAAAGUGGAUGCUAAAAAACCACUUGUUGAUACGUAAUCAGUGUAACAAAAUUAAAGAAUUUGCUGAGAUAUCAGUCCUUUAAUGAAACAGCAGUAAUAUAAAGAUUACGUAUUAAUAUAUUUGAUAUUUAAAUAUCCUGUAAUCAAAAUAAAAGAUAUGGAUAACUUAUUUUGUAACAACAAAAAUUAUUUGUGUAGAUGUAUUCUUAUCUCUGUAAACAAUUCAUAUUUAGUGUUUUGAUCUCGAUAUGUUUACACUUUAGAAAUAUGAAUUCAUCUCUACUGUGGUCUGUGGAUGACUUAGACCUCUUAGCUUCAGAUUUGGAUUCUAGUCUAACGGGCCUGGGUGGUCCUGUCAGUUCAACUUUUGACAUGAGUGACACAUUGUCUGCUAUUCAAGUUAUUAAAUUGGAUAAUGAAAUGGAUCACAAGCAGGAAUCACACAGCCUAACAUUUUCCGGGUCAGUUCAUCAGUAUAUGGACAAAGAAAAGGCUAAGUCUAGUCAAGAUCUCAGCGUUAAUAACUUCACUUCGUAUUCUACUCCCUGGCAGGAAACUCGCAAAGUUGCAAAGAAACCCUGUCGGAAACUUCCCGACGACUCUUUUUUAGAGAAUCGCAGAGCAAGUUAUGAAACUGAUUUAUUGGAAUCUGUUGGUGAAAUGAAAAAUUCAUAUGGUCACCGUGCACCUGUUUUAAGUGGAAUGUUUUCAUCCUAUGCACAAGAAGCUGAUUAUGACUACCCAAUAUCAACAGCUGAAUUUCAGUACAGGCUUUCUGCAGCUACUGCUUUGGGAACUAGAACAGGAGAAGAGGCAUUAACCUAUCUCAAUCAGGGACAAUCCUACGAAAUCCGUUUAAAGAAACUUCGAGGAAUAGCUGAUAUGAAGGGAAAGUUACUAAAAAGUGUCUUACAAGUAACUUUUCAUGAUCGAAGACUCCAGUUUCGUGAAAAGUUGGAAAUACUUGCUUGGCAGAACCAAAGACCCUCGGAACGAAUUCUGGACAUAGACUUAUCCUUAUCGUAUGGUAUAUUUGAUGUUAUACCUGAUCCUAAAAAUAUUAACUGUGUGGAAUUCAUGUGGGACCCAACACGAGAAGCUUCUGUUUUUCUGAAGGUGAACUGUAUUAGUACAGAAUUCACAUGUAAACGGAGAGGUGGAGAGAAAGGAGUACCUUUUCGCAUUCUCAUAGAGACAUACAGCCAUUGGGAAAAUCCACAAUGCCUCUUAGAUGCUGCAUCCUGUCUUGUAAAAGUAUUUAAAUCUAAAGGAGCUGAUAGGAAACACAAAACAGACAGAGAUAAAUAUGAAAAACUUCCACAAUCUGAGCAGCGCGACCUUCAACCCUCUUAUCAGUACACAUUAUUCACUGCUAGUCCCCUGAAAGCUGAAAACAAAUCGGAUUCUGGUAGCAACUCACCAUCUCCUUUGCAAUAUACCUACAUUAAACCCCAGUCACCCUUAGUAUCAACCACUGAAGUAUCAACCUCUACACCAUCUGUCACUUCCAGCCCACAACAUUCGAGUGAUAUCAAAGAUUGUGAUGAUGUUUUAUCUUCGUAUCCAGAUGUGCCGUCUUCUCCCCCGCAGAUAGAGGAAGACUAUUUCAACUUGACUAUGAGUCCUGAUCAAGUUAGAAACUGGUUUCACAAAAAGAAAUUUAACAAAUUUUUACAAUGCUUCGCAUUAUAUUCAGCUAAAGAAUUGCUCUGCUUAAGCAGGGAAGAUAUCAUUGAGAUAUGUGGUCCUGCUGAAGGCAUCAGAUUAUACAACUGCUUCCAUAUUCGCAUUCAGUGCCAUUUACUUACAUUCCCUCAAGUUAAAUGAACUGAAGGAGGAACUGUGCAAAAUGUUAAAUCUUCCUCCCAACAGCAUUGCCAACCUCUAUGCCUCCGGACCUGAUGGGAUACUCUUAAUCAUCACCAACAAAGUAUUACAAAAUAUGAAAGAUGAAGCAAUCUUUAUUUGUGAAAUUCUUAAAGCUGAAGAUGAUAAACGCACCAUUAUUUUGAAGUCUCAUAAAAACAUAGUCUGCAAUGAAUGACGUACAAAGUAUUUUUAAUCACAAAGAAUAUAUUUUAAAACUAUGUGCCAUGUUAUAAUAAAAAUUCAUUAUUUUUUUUUUACUGUAUAAAUUGUUUUUCUAUCAUUGUUCAUGUAAAACUGUUU